AUGAACAAUUUUGAAUUAGAAGCGUUUGGCACACUUUCUAAUAGCACCGGAUUUUCAAGAAAACCGCAUCCGUAUAAUCUACUUUAUUCAGCCUGGAAAUUACAUGAUGGCUACGAUUCUAGUGAUAAAGAUAAACCGCUGAAUAUAAAUUCAUCAAUAAUUAAAGAUCUAUAUAAUGCUUUGUUGGAUUUCACUUCAAUCAGUAUCAACUAUCACUUCGAGCACGCUGGGGUUAUGAAUUGCGAACCGCUAAGCAAUAUAUUGAUCGACGAUCAGCACAUAUUGAAUUUACUAGUUGUUUGUAUCUAUCAAAAUGAACAAUUGGUUAAAUUACCACCAGGUCGACGGGCUCAUGAGAUGCCGGAUAAAGUUCACGAAUGGCAUAAAUUUCUUCAAGACAUUGCUAUGAAUUUCGAAACGUUUUUUGCUAACGAAUUGUUAGAAGCUCUAGAUGCAUUACCUAGUGAGGAAUUCGGAAUAUUUUUUAAUGACUUAGAACAAGGAAUCGUCCAAGCAUUAGAGCAUUUCAACAAAUGGUUCUUAUCUUGGCUUCAUCUACCAUUAGUUGUUUGUUGCCUAGUUGCAGAACUUGAAAACGACUUAAAAAAUGGGAUAACUGAUGACUUUGGCUUACGAGAGUUACUUUUACAAAAUGAAAAUUUUUUAAAGAAUUCGAGCAAUUCUGCACUAAUGAUAAAUCACCUAUAUGGCCUUUUCGACAUAUUAGAUCUAAAGACUCAUCCCAACAUGUCAUUAUCGGUUAAGCAGUCUAAGCUUCGUUUGUCAUCAACUAAAAUUGAUAAAGAAAAUUUAUCGGAAGGAUUAAAGGAAAUACGAGAAAAUCGAAAAAAAAUUCUACUGCAAGAAGUAAAUGUACUGGAAUUUGGACCUAAUAUCGCUUCAAAUCUUUUUAAUAAUUAA